AGAGUAUAAUUAUUAUAAUUAUUUUAAAAUGAAUUUAUUUUCUCAAUCUAAAUUAACAUUAAAAUUAAAAAAGCAAAACAGCAACAGUACAUUAUCUACUGAUCCUACAAAUAAAUCCCAAGAUUUGACACCAAGUAAUGCUGUAAUAUCUGAGUGUAAUAACGUACUAAAUAAUAGUGUAUUAUCAGAAAAUGAUAGUUUUGUAGAAGUAUUGCAUACUGUUCGUCCUCAGGAUGAAAAAGUAACUAUGUCACAAAAUGUUUUUAAGACAUCUGCAGUUAAAAAUACAUCUGAUGUUAUUACUAAAAGUAAACAAUGUCCAGUUUGUUUACAAACAAUUGAUUUCAAACAUUUCAUUAUCCAUGUAAAAACUUGUGGUACAUCGCAUAAUUUAUCAACUGAAGUACUUAUGAAAGCUGUGGAUCUUCAAGAGCGUCAAGCAGCCGAAAGAGAAGCAUUAGGGCUACCUAAAUUAUCUAAAAGUAGUGAUUCAAAAAUAAAAAAGAAGUGUAAUAAACAAACAAAGUUAAAGAUAGGGAGUGAUUCUAAUUUUGAUUUAGCUGUUGCUAUGUCUAUGUCAUUACAAGAGUCUAAAGAAGCAGAAAUCAUUAAAGAAUCUGAAAAUCUUUUAGAAGCAGGUUUAGAAACCGAGGCUAUAGAAAAAAGGAAAACACUAGAAAGCUUUGGUUUUGUAUCAAAUCAACCAAUCAAAUCCAAAUCUAAAAAUUUUUAUAAAACAAAUUCUUUGUUAUUUAAACAAACCCAAGAAGAUCGUCAGAAAAGAAUUACUGAAAAAGUAGCAAUGAUUCUUAUAGACUGUGAUACAGACACAUCAUCAAAAAUAUUUUUGAAUGAUUGCUCCAAUAUUCAAUUAAGAUCCAAAUAUUUAAAUAAAAUACGAGAUAUUGAUUGUAAACUCUGGAAAAAGACAUUACUUGAAGAAAAUAGUGUAUCUGAAUUUUAUGUGAAAAAUAUGUCAAAGUUUUUAAGCCCUAUUGAAGGCAAUGGCUUACAAAAUAAUGUUCUAUUUUUAACACAUAAAAAUACUUCAAAACAGGAAUCAAAUACUACUAACCAGAAAGUCAUCAAUACAUCACAUACAGUUUUAGAUGAUUCAAAAGUUCAUAUUAAAAAUUUUACUCAUCGUAACAUUAUUGGAAAUAAAACUAUGUCAGAAUAUUCAUCUAGAUGGAAGUCAAUGUUAGGUAGCCAGUUUAUGAGUGAUAUAACUAUAUUUUCCAAAGAUGAACAUGAAAUUCCUGCUCAUAUUCUAGUGUUUCAUGUACAGUGCCCUGAUAUUUUGAAUGACAUAAUUACAGAAGAAUCUGAUACGUGUAAAUCAAAAAAAAUGGUAAUGUGGUCUGAAUACACUUAUGAAGCAUGCAUGGCAUUCUUAGAACUAAUUUACUCUGGUCAAGAACAAUUAAUUAGUCCUGAGUACAGAAAAGAUUAUUUGCAAUUAGUAACAAGGUACAAUGUUCAAAUAGCUAUAAAUGAUGAUGAUGGAAAACAUGGAUGGUUUUCUGUUGAGCAAAAUAAAGUAUCAAAACGUAAAAGCUCAGAUUUAUGUUCAAUAGAAAGUAAAAGACAUAAAACUCUUAGUCCAGAUAUGUUUAUGGUGGAUGAUACAAGUGAAGAAAUAAGUAAUAUAAAUUCCAAUUUUUUAGGAACAACUGUGAAUGAUGAAAAAUCCUUGAGUAUGUUAAAAACAAAGCAAUGGUUGGAAAAUUGUAACCUAAGUCAACAUCAUAAUUCAUCAUUCACAGAAAAAUCAGAAAUAAAUGUUCUAUCACAAAUUAAUUCAAGUCCAGCUCAUUCUUUUCAUAGUGCAUCAACUAUAUAUAUUCCAUUAACACCUACAUCUAAUCUAGUUGAUUAUACUAUGGAUUUUGAAAAUAAUGAUGUACAAAUUAGCUCAUCGUUAGAUGUUAGAAGUGCAUCUCCUAAAUCAUUAUCAACUGAUGAAUCAAGCGUAAAAGCCAUCUUAAUGUUGAGUAAAGUUAAAAAAGUUCCUAUUGAUUUAAAAAGUUCUUCAAACAAAAUUUCAACAAUUACUAAUUCACGCAAAGAACCAGAAAUAAUUACAAUCUUCAGUGAUAGUGACAAUGAAUCAAUAGAUAUGGUUUUGUCUCUUAACAAUAGUUCAUUGCGUGAUAGAAAUAUUAAUCUAUUGAAUGAAAAUAAUUGUACACCUUUUUUAGCAAGCAUUAAUGAAAAGAAAAAUUAUUUUUCACUCAACUCAAUUAAUAAAAGUAAUGAUAUAAGUGUUAUUGAGUUAAAUGAUAGUAGUUUAGAUUCAAUUCAUUCAAUCAGUACAAAUGUAUUACAUCAAAAAAAUUGCGAUUCUAAAUUAGACAAUGUUUCGAUUAACAAGUCAACUAUUUCAACACCAAGAACUAAGACAUUAAUAAAAAUUGAUGAGGAAGAGACCGCAGUUUCCACUGUAACAAAAUUCACAAAUAGUUCUAGUACUCAAAUACCAUCUUCAAAUUUUAACAAUUUUAUAGACUUAAUAUAUGAUAGUAGUUCUGAUUCUAUCACUACUAUUGAUAAGAUGCCAAAUAAUAAUUCAAUGCCAUCAUUUUCAUUGAAUAAUACUCUACAAAAUUCUUCAACACCCUUUUCAAAUGUGUUGAGAAAAAUUAAUUCUCCAACUCACAACAGUUUACCUACUCAAUUUGAAAUAAAUAAUUGUGUAUCAAAUGCAACACCAUUAAAGGAAGGUAACACAUGGUCAGCAUUUUCAUUUCCAGUCAUUGAUGGAGAUUAUCAUCCAAACAUAAAUACAAAAACAAAUGAAGAUUUCUGUUCAUCAAAUUUUUCAAGCUAUACAACUUUACCUAAAUGUAGUGAUUCAAAAUUAUUACCUACUGAGAAAUUAUUUCAGUAUAAUGUUAUGUCAUCUACAUUUUUAAAUACUGCAAGCUGUACACAAAUCAAUAAUAUAGAAAACAAUGAUAAUAUUAUUAAAAAUGAAUAUUCUAAUGAGAAAAUUGUUUUAAACAAACCUAGUUCAGAUUUGGAACCAUUGGAAAAUAUUGUAUCUAAGAAAAAUGUUAUAUCUUCGAAUAAUCAUGUAAAUUCCCUAGUGAAAGAGGUUGUUGAUUUAUCAACAAUUAGUUCAUCAAGUCAAUACACGCAUACUUCAUUUACGCCUUAUAGUUCUCAAGUUGAAACUGUUAAACUACCAAUUAUACCUGAAAUCACUACAUCAAAUGAAAAAGAUUAUGGGAAUAAUGAAUCAGUCUUUGAACAAAUAAUUGACGAUCCGUGGAUGGACUAUAAUGAUUGGGAGCCAGUUAAUAUAAGUCCACUAAAUGUUUCUCCAGUUUUAUUAGAGAAAAAUUCUAUGGUCUUAGUAAAUGACUCUGAAGUUUUAACACCCCCUAAAAAGAUGAUGAGUCAUAUUAAUAUGGAUUUAAAAACUUCUCCGUUAAAUAUUUCAAGUAAUAUUGAUGCAGUAAAUCAUCAAAUGACUAAUUCAGUAACGCCAAAUAAAUAUGGCAGUAGAAUAAAUACCCCAAAAAGUUUACGUAGGGUUCAAUCAGAAUCUAUUAUUGGAACUAAUGAACAAAUAACGCCUCUACCAAAUUAUAGUACGAUGAAAACACCAGAUUUAAGAAAAGAAUUUGAUCGUUAUGGCCUUAAAGAUCUUGGAAGGCGCAAAGGAAAACUUAUAUUAAGACAUAUCUAUGAUUUAACUCAUUCUAUUCAUAGUUCUAAAGAAGCAAAUUCUAUUGGGGAAUCUGAACAAUUUUCUGAUUCUUCAGAUAGUUCAGAACCUGAAAUUUCUUAUUAUGAAACUGGAGCUUAUGAUGAAUUGGAAACAUUUAGUCAAACAAAUUUAUCAAAUAAAACUUCAGUGGAUAUGGGUUUUAAAGAUUUGCUUAGAGUCAAUGAAGAGCUUCAUAAAAAGAUUUUAUGUUAUGAACCAAUUUGGAUUGAAGAGUUGAAAGAAGACCUAAAACAGUACAAUGUAAACAUUAGUAUGCAAAAACUCAUGACGUUUUUGGACGAUAAAUGUGUGUCAUUUCGUUCAAAGUCAUUAAAUGAUCAGAGGAAAAAAUCACUAGCAAAAAAAAAUACUAAAAGAAAGAAAUUGUUUUAAUUUAUUGAAUGAUUAUUGUAUUUCUAGACAUUACUUAUGUGUAUAAUAAUGAAGUAAAAAAAUAAUUGAUAUUUUGUAUUGUAUA